UUUGGUGCUGUUGCCUUUCAAAACGAGUGUGGUAUUUCUGUUUCUGGCUUCCUGGAUGUGCUGAAGCUUUACCUUGCCUCCACCUUUGCGGAGUGGAAUGGUGAAGUUUUUCUGCAAAAAACAGGCGUGUGCAUUGGCUCAUGCAUCGCCCCAGUGUUGAGCGAUUUAUAUCUCGCUCAUUUGGAUAGAAAGAUUCAUCAACGGUUGGUACAAAUGAAUGUCAGUAAGUGCUUCCGGUUUGUCGAUGAUUACUUAAUUUUGUUUGAUUGCGAUCUUGAGGUCCUUAGUGAGUGCUUUCAGCAAGUCUUGCAAGUGUUCCAGGAAUGCCUUGAACCACUGUCUCUCACGUAUGAGUUGCCGGAAAAUGGUUCCCUGAGGUUUUUAGAGUUAAUACUAACUUUUUCAGCUGGGCACGUGUGUUGGACGUAUGAGCCACGGGGGAAAAAACCCCUUUUACCGUACGCGUCUUCUCACAGCAAACUGGUGAAGCGUGGAAUUGUAAAGGCAUGUUUAUAUAACGCUUUAACAAAAUCUUGCUUCCACUCAGUCCAGCGAAGUUUCGACAGGCAGAUUCUCCGUCUAGAGGCAGCGGGCUAUCCCGGUUCGUUGCUAGUUUCUGUGUGUGAGAAGCUGCGCAGACAAUCAAGGGCCGGUAACGAUGGGGACGUUUUACAAGAAGCAACUCCCAAGAGGGUGGCGGUGAUACCGUAUCUACAUGGUAUCUCGCAUAAACUCAAGAAAAUAGGCCAGAGAGCGGGCGUGUCAGUGGUUUUUUCCGCACCGAAUAAAUUGUCAAAAUUAUCUGUCCAAAUGGUUGAUGGUGCUAUCUUCUGCGAGCUAUCCUCGCACCACCCGUGCACCCCAUGA